AUGGCAGCUCAAAACUCAUGGCCUAUCUUCCAGUUGGACGUAAAAUCAACAUUCCUCCAUGGAGAUUUGCGAGAAGAGGAAGGAUUUCAAAAAUGUCCUUAUAAACAUACACUUUUCACAAAGACUGAAGAUGAAGGAAAAAUGCUCAUUGUUUGCUUAUAUGUAGAUGAUUUGAUCUACACUGGAAAUAAUACAGCCAUGUUUGGAUGUUUUAAGAAAUCCAUGAUGGCUGAAUUUGAGAUGUUUGAUCUUGGCGUGAUGCAUUACUUUCUUGGCAUUGAAGUAGUGCAAUCUUCUACUAGAAUUUUUAUUUCUCAAAAGAAGUAUGUACGAGAUAUCAUGAACAAGUUUCAAAUGAAGGAUUGUAAUCCUGUAAAUACUCCAUCUGAGUUUGGUAUGAAGUUAAACAAAGAUGAUGGCAGAAAGAAGGUUGAUGACACUAUUUACAACCAAAUAGUGGGAAGUUUAAUGUAUUUGACAGCAACAAGACCAGAUAAAAAGCAUGAUGUAAGUGUGAUUAGAAGGUACAUGGAAUGUCCCACAGAGAUUCAUCUCUUGGCCGCAAAAAGAAUUUUUAGUUACUUGCAAGGUACUAAGGACAAUGGGCUGUUCUACAGGACACUACAGAAACAGUCAAUGGCUAACAAUGGCAAAAUUGUUUUACACAUUGAAUGA